AUGUGGUCUGGCAACCUACUGUCUGACAGCCGAAAACUCGGCGUAGUCGGCGCCUUGCAAGUUGAAAUUAUAAACUUCUCGUGUGGGAUUCUUUAUUUGUGUGGUUUAUGAAUUUUAUAGCUUAUUUGAACUUCAAGACUUCAGAAUAAGAUCUUGUGUAUACUGUCUUAGAAAAAACAAUUAUCAGGGACGUUGACGAUGGAAGAUGAAAAGUUGGCGACUGGAGAGGAGGCGGCGAAUUUGGAGAACGAGGCCUUGAAACGCAAGAAACGAAUCGAAGCAUUGAGGCAACUCAAGGAGCAGCAGACGAGGCAAUCGAGCACCGAGGCUCAGCAACAGUCGCUACCCAGACCCGUGUUCCGAAGUUACCGGCCACUCGACGAGGAGCUGAAAAAGUCCAGCGUUCCCCUGGCCGAACCUGAAGAAGUUGACCACAUCAUCACCAAAGAGUUGGACAAAGCCGCAGAUCCACCUGUCCUGGAAGAAAUCGAUCUGGUUAACUUGGCUCCAAGGAAGCCCGACUGGGACCUGAAGCGCGACGUAGCCAAAAAGCUGGCCAAACUGGAGAAGCGUACCCAAAGGGCCAUUGCCGUCCUCAUCCGAGAAAGGCUAAUAGAGACAAAACAGGACGACCUGGCCGCAGCCGUGAAUGCCCUCAACUGACAAGUAGAAGAAGAAAAAUGGCCCCCCCCCCCUUCUCUUAUCUUUCAACCACCACCACCUUAAACUUCAUCAAUGAAAUAUCGUAAUAAAGAAAUACACGCAAGAGUGGCACCACGUCCGACCAAGAAA